ACAUUGUCUAAGGUAUCUGAAAAAAAUGGUAGUUGGUAGGUGAGAUCUCUAGAGAAUAUGGAUAAUGAGGCAAAACCUCUAAAUCAGAAAAUCUAACAGUUUUCGUGUUGUCACAUGUGAGACAUGGAGCUGAGCGUAACAGAAUCAGCCUUUUUCAAUUGACCAGAAUGUCUGCUGUUAUCAGGGAUUUAGUGAUUUGAUAUUAAACAACUGUUUUACAAUAUUAACAGCCUUUCCAUCUGACAAUGAGUAUCUAACACAGUAUGUCCAGAUACCAGUUUUUUCUCUUAACUUGAGUUCUUCGGUUGGACAAAAUAGCUGGCUAUUGGGUAAAAUAUUGACUACAAAACUAUCAAUUUUGUACCAAGUACAUCCCACAUAUCUUUUAAAAUAUGUUAUAUCACUUCUUUGUGAUAUUAAGUCACAUCUUCAUUGCACAUUUUCGUUUUAUAGGUUACUUGUAUGACAUUAGUUUCUUGUAAGUUCAUCAGUAUGUUUCAUUUUGAUUUUGAUUUCAUUGGCAUACCUAUUUUUCAAGGCAUUUGAAUUUUAGUAUCAAUAUCGCCUGUGUUCAUGUGGCUUCAGCACCGUUUUUCCAAAACUCAGAAUUUUAUUCAGUACACGUGUAAACAAUUGCUAGUAUGAACCACAUGGUAGUAAUUGCAGUGAAUACAUAUUUUCCUAUACCAUAUAACUUUAUAUUCAAAUCAGCAUAAUUUCAAAAAUUUGAUAUAAAGUUGUUUGUGUCAUUUUACUGUCCAGUUCCUUCCUCUUAAAAGCUGAUUUUGGUUUUUUAUAGCAUGGCAGUAUAACCAUACUGAGUAUGAUUUCAUCUUCAUUUAACUUUUAACUUAAAACUACCAAAAAGUAGAAGUACCAAAUAAUUCAUUGUAAGCAAAUUAGGAAUAUAUUUGUUACCUUAUGUAGGUAGUAUAGAAAAACACCUUUUUCAUUUUUUUGCCAAUGUUUCUACCUUUGUUCGUGUCAUCGUCAGAGCAUAAUGCACAUGUUUUUCUAAACUUGUUCUAACCUCAUUCUUGACCGCUUCUCUCAAAUCAAACAAAUUAUUAAACAACUGGUCACUAAAAAAACUGUCAUUACUAAGAUAACUAUAACUAUUAUUUGAAUUUAAAUCUUUUUUCUGGAGUUGCUUGUUUUUGAGAAAUAUAACACAAAACAAUACUAACAAUAAGAAACAGAUGGUAACUUUCAUUCAAAUCAAGAAUAUUAACAAUGCAAAUCCUUCAAAAAUCAGACUAAAUUACUGUCAGAUGUGGUUAUCUUAAAGGCUUAGAUUCAUGGAACUCGGAAAAAAAUGAAAGGAAUAGAAGAGGACCAAAGUUUUGAACAAAUUCUUAGUGAUGUAAGAACAGUAGUUUCAGAGCAGAAGUUAAGAGAUGCAAAACUUAAUGGCUUACUCAGCGAUGAGGAUGUUAUUAACAGAAAGCUAGAGUCAACAAAGUGUUACCAGGACACAGUCAAUAAACUGAAUGAGAUCGUCAAUCAGAGCAAUGCCGAUAUUAUAGACUCGUUGCAAAAAGAAAAUUGCCUUAUAAGAUAUUUGGAAAAGGAAAAUAAGGUUCUUCAAGAUUUAUACGAAGAUCAAGAACUGGCCCUUGCUGUCAUCAUAAAAAAAUACGAAGAACACAAAUCAAAGCUGCAGCUGCUUUCAAGCCGUUUGUUCAACCAUUUUCAGAACAUGUGUUCAGAAACAAUCAUCGACAGAAAUUUUAAAAUGAAAGAAAUGAUGGAAGUCAUGAAAAACGCUUCUACAAUGGAUGACGUUGAUUUGACAUUUAAAAUUAAAUGUUUACAUGCAGAAAAUCAACACUUGAGGAAUAUACUUAAUAUUAAUACUUGUUCACAGAUUGGUGAAUCAGAAGCCAAUGAAUAAAUUUGACAAAAACAUUUGCCUUGUGAAAUCAAAAUGUUUUCUCAACGUUAUAAAAAUGUAUUUGAAUGUCAGUUAACAAUCUUACCAAAAAUCCCCAUAACUAUUUGUUUUUGUUUUGUUUUUAUUGAUGAAAUUUUCAUAAUGAUGCAAUAAAAUAUUUUGUUCUAUA